AUGCUGCCUCCUGAGCUGUUCGCGCUGGACUCGUCCGCUUACUGCUUCUCCAUCAUCAGCAGAGACAAGGACUGGAAGAAGGCGGCCGUGUCCAGAGACUUCGGCGGCACCACCUACACCGUCCAGGCCUUAAUACCACAGCGUAGAGAAGUCAACUCUACAGGCACGGUUAUGGCCGAUGUUAAGUCGGCGCAGCUUCGAGAGAGCCUAGCAACAGAGCGCGACCGCGACCGCUGGUUGCGCUGCUCUGAGGCGGCCGUACGCUGCUGUCAGCGCAUGCUGGAGCUCCCACCAAGUCCAGCGGGCUCGAAUAUGUGCCCGCGCACUUGGGAUCAACUGCAGUGCUGGGGUGACACGCCUGCAGCAUCCACGGCGUACGAAGACUGCCCCUCCUACCUCUUCUCGGAGGACACUUGCGGUGCAUCUGGCAAGAAGGCUCAGAAGGAAUGUUUGGCGGACGGACGUUGGUUCCGCCACAUCAGCAACAACGAGUGGACGAACUACACGGACUGCGACUACAAGAAGAUCGUGGCUGAGAACAUCAAACUGCGCAUGCGCUGGCAUAUCGCAGUCUGCAGCCUUUCUGUGGCAGCGUUGCUACCUGCGCUUAUUAUCUUCUUCUCGUACAGGCAGCUGCAGGUGCGUCGUAUUACUCUCCAUAAGCAUCUCUUCCUAAGUCUAAUCCUGGAGGCGAUUUUCAACAUCUGCUUGAGAUCCCUACAAAUAUCAAGCCCCAGCGUCAUCAGUAUGAGCCCGUGGUGGUGCGUAGUACUGAACACAGUACUCAGGUAUCUACGCCAGAGUAACUACACGUGGUUCUUCAACGAAGGCUUCUACCUCCACCGCCUGCUAGCGUCCGCCUUCGCUGAGCAGAGAAAUUUCCUCAUCUUCUACUGCCUGGGAUGGGGGUUGCCGGUGCUGCCGGUGACGGUGUACGUGGUGGUGAGGGCUGCGGUCUACAAGUCAGUGACAGGCUGCCUCAUUCUGCCGCAAGAAGGAAUCGAAUGGAUCCUCAUGAUCCUGCCCUUCACCGCCAUCAUCAUAAACGUGAUUUUCUUCAUCAACAUCAUCAGGAUCUUGGUGCUGAAGCUACGAGCAACGAGCGAUUCACGGAACGGCAACGACAUUCGCCAGUACAAGUAG